AUUAUUUCAUUUUUACUUUAAUAAUUUAAAAAAUAUAAUGUGGUGAUCUCCCACUCGUUCUUUACCCACUCCUUCCCUCUUUUCUCCUCCGACCAACAACCCGGCGAUCUCACCAAGCUCCUCCACUCCUCAUCGCUGUCACUCGUUGUUGUUCAUGGAAGCCGGAACUGUGGUACUAACCUCAUCCAGAGAAAUUCGAGGCUCGGACAAUUCUUCAAAGACAGCAAAGGAUUUGGAGAUUGAAGGAUAUCCUGUUGGGGGUUUGUCCAUUGGUGGCCAUGAAACAUGUGUACUUUUCCCCACACUUAAAAUAGCAUUUGACAUUGGUCGUUGCCCACCUCGUGCUGUUUCCCAAAACUUCCUUUUGAUCUCCCAUGCUCACAUGGAUCACAUUGGAGGGCUACCGAUGUAUGUUGCCACACGUGGUUUGUAUCGAAUGAAGCCCCCAACAAUUAUUGUACCAAUUUCAGUAAAAGAGGAUGUAGAGAAGCUUUUUGAGAUUCACAGGAAAAUGGAUCAAUCAGAACUUAAGCACAACUUGAUUGGCUUGGAUGUAGGAGAAGAGUUUUAUUUGAGAAAGGAUCUUAAAGUAAAAGCUUUCCGGACUUACCAUGUAAUACCUAGCCAGGGUUAUAUAAUAUAUUCUGUGAAACAGAAACUUAAACAGGAGUAUAUUGGCCUUUCUGGAAAUGAAAUUAAGAAUUUGAAGUCGUCCGGCGAGCAGAUAACAUACACUUUGACAGAACCAGAGAUUGCUUUCACGGGAGAUACCAUGUCAGAUUUCAUCAUUGAUGAAAAUAACACAGACGUUUUACGGGCUAAAAUUCUUGUAUUGGAGUGCACCUUUGUUAACGAUUCAAUGACUGUGGAACAUGCCAGAGAUUAUGGACACACUCAUCUCUCUGAGAUAAUAAGUCAUGCUGAGAGGUUACAGAACAGAGCAAUCCUUUUGAUUCACUUCUCAGCACGUUACACAGUAGAGGAAAUUCAACAAGCUGUAAGUGCUUUGCCUCCUAGUUUAGCUGGUCGAACUUAUGCGCUUACAGAAGGUUUCUGACAAGUUGAGAGAGUUUACUUGAUACAUACCUGACCAUGGAGGUUUAGCCUCCAAACCACCUGAGACUAUUGGACGCGGGUAGAAUUUAUAGUCCAUAGAUGAUGAAGACAAGGAGAAGUGGAGUGCAGAGCAAAAUCCAAUGAUGCAUGGUAUGUUUGGAUUGCCGUUUGAAUGACCAAAAACAUGCUGUUGCACUUUCUUAUAGUGAAAUUGGAGGAGCAACAGCAGUUUUUGGUUGAAUGUAAUGCCAUCUUUACGUUGGAAUGAACUGUUUUCCAAACAUAGGUUAAACAUUAUUUACCUACAUUUUUAUCAGGCUGUUUGUAGUAAUUUUUAUUUGCUA